AAAGGCGUUUCGGGAUGCGUGUGGCGUCUACGUAUAUCACGUAUAUGGUUACGUUGGUGUUAGAUUUUCACGGAAAUCAUUCACUUUAUCUGCUUAAAUAGGGGGUUCUUCGGUUAAACAUCAGCCGUAUUCCUCUGUACGUCACGGAAAAGAGACGGGACAAGACUUUGUUCGACAGGAUCAGCAGGAUGUCUGUGACCAUGACCAGAAGUGACGGGGUCACUGUGUUCACUUUGACCUCGGACCCCCAAAGUUCUUUACCUCCAAUAUGCCAAAUCCUCAAAGGCCUCUGCUACAGCCCUGUCUGCUGCUCUGUGUCUCAGCGCCUGAAGAAGUUUCAGGGAGCUUCUCAGUCAGUCCUGGGGGCCCUGCAUAUUAUGGUUGGUUUGCUGAACAUCGGCCUUGGAGCAAUCCUCCUCUAUGGUGACGCUUCAUGGCAGAUGUAUUACUACAAGUUUCCUAUUUGGUUGGGAGUACUGUUCAUUUUAUUUGGCAUCAUGAACAUUUUGUCUGAGAAGUUCCCAAGUCCAUGUCUGGUCAUCCUCAGUGUGAUCUUGAAUCUAUCAGGAGUUGCCUUUGCCAUCACAGCCAUCGUUCUCUACAUCAUCAAUGUCUUAAACAUUUAUCUGUGGUGGAUGUGUCAUGAUUAUGAUUGGGACUACAGAUACAGACACAGGGUGACACCUUCACCUGAAAAAAUGACCAAAUGCCUGGAGACACAAGAUCUGGUUCUGAUGAUUUUAAGGAGCAUCAACGCUGUGCUGAUCGUCCUGGCAGUCCUGGAGCUCUGUGUCACCAUCAGUUCUGCUGUUUUGGGGAUCAAAGCUCUAAAGCAGAAGCCAGAGAACAAGAGCCCUGAUGACCCAGAACAGUACAAACCACUGCUGGAGGAAGUCACCAGUAACCCUGCAGCUUAAAUCCAAAUCUCUGCUUGGUACUGUUACUGAAGAGAAAGUUUACUCCUAAGUUCUUAUGCGUCUUUACCACUGAAUGUAUUUACUGUUGAAUUACACUAAUGCAGUGAGUACAAAGUCAGCUGAAAUGUUGGGUCUUUUCCUGAGGGUUGCUUCAGAAUCUUUGCACUUAUUCUUCAGAGCACUUUGAAUAAUAAUCAACAGCCACUCUUUGAUUCCAUCUGUUUCUGUUUUUUUAAUGCUACUCUUUAUUAUGAUUGUCGAGCGAUGUGCCUUAAGGUCAGUAAUUUUGUAACUGUAAGGGAAGUCUAUGCAUGUGUGUAACACUGAUGGACUGAUGGGGUUUCUGUUUUAUUUUAAACCAUGUUAAAAACAUGAAUAAAAAUGACUCAAAGCUGUGGGUUUCA